AUGGAACUCACCAACGCUGAAGCACCAAAAGCAGAGGACGCCCUGGUGUUCAGCCAAGCCAGAAAAUUUGCUCAGAAGCAUGGCCCAGAUAUUAUUGAUGACAGCAAGGACAACAUCACCAUCUUUACACGCAUUCUCGACCGGCUGCUGGAUGGAUAUGACAACCGGCUGCGACCUGGGCUUGGAGACGACGUAACUGAAGUCAAGACAAACAUUUACGUGACAAGUUUUGGGCCCGUCUCAGACACAGAUAUGGAAUACACCAUUGAUGUUUUUUUCCGGCAGUCCUGGCGAGAUGAGAGGUUAAAAUUUGAUGGUCCAAUGAAGAUCCUCCCCCUUAACAAUUUAUUGGCCAGUAAGAUCUGGACUCCAGACACCUUCUUCCACAAUGGCAAGAAAUCAGUUGCCCACAACAUGACCACACCCAACAAAUUGCUUCGGCUGGUAGACAAUGGCACUCUUCUCUAUACCAUGAGAUUGACCAUUCAUGCAGAGUGCCCCAUGCACCUGGAAGACUUCCCAAUGGAUGUCCAUGCCUGUCCACUGAAGUUUGGAAGCUAUGCCUACACCAAGUCCGAGGUGAACUACAACUGGACCCUGGGGAAAGUGGAGGUGGCAGAAGGAGGGUCACGCCUGAAUCAGUACGACCUUUUGGGCCAUGUUGUUUCACGAGAGGACAUUGAAACUAGCACAGGGGUAUAUGUUAUGAUGAUCACUUACUUCCACCUCAAGCGCAAGAUCGGCUACUUUGUGAUCCAGACCUACUUGCCCUGCAUCAUGACAGUCAUUCUGUCCCAGGUUUCCUUCUGGCUCAACAGGGAAAGCGUCCCGGCACGAACUGUGUUUGGGGUCACCACUGUCCUUACCAUGACUACUCUGAGCAUCAGCGCAAGAAACUCCUUGCCGAAAGUGGCAUAUGCGACGGCCAUGGACUGGUUCAUAGCCGUCUGUUAUGCCUUUGUGUUUUCUGCACUGAUUGAAUUUGCAGCGGUCAACUACUUCACGAAACGCAGCUGGGCCUGGGAUGGCAAGAAGGUGUUGGAGGCUCAGGAAUUGAAGAAGAAAGAGCCUGUCACUUUGGCAAAGAAAACCAACAACACCUAUAACAUUGUGGGGACGACAUAUGCCCUCAACAUCACCAAGGAACCAGGCCUGCCCACCAUUGCCAAGAGCGCUGCUGCCACCACAACCACGCCCGCAGCUGUUGUCGUCCCUCCUAAGGUGCCCCGAAUGGAAGAGAAGCCCCCUGAGAACAAGAAGACCUACAACAGUGUCAGCAAGGUAGACAAAAUGUCCCGCAUCGUCUUUCCUGUCUUGUUCGCCAUUUUCAAUAUGGUUUACUGGGCUACAUAUGUAAACCGGGAGUCAGCCAUCAAGGGCAUCAUCGCCAAACAAUGA